CUUCAGAGUUGGCACGCCUGCACGACCGCAUAGACACACUGCGGGGACGUUGCCAACAGUUGGCACAACUGCUGCAAAUGGCCGACAUUCCUGUGCCGGCGCCAAGCAACGACAAACUGGCAACACUCCCAACCGGUGGCAAACUGGCAACGUCGCAGCCGCACAUCAAGUGGAACGGCAACAUUGCACACAAAACCGUUCAGCAGCGAAUCAUCAAUAGUCGCAAAGACAAAGCCGAGAAGAAAGAGAACAAUCAACUGCUAGAGGUUGGCAGCACUGUAGCUAACAAAAACCCCCCAAAUACGAAAACAUCAAGCAUAACUGAAGUGUCAGAAGAUGUGGAACAACCUUCAACCCCGUCCAAUAGCCCUGAAUUGUCCCCUAUAAAAAAAGUGGUCGACCUCUGCAAUACACCUCUAAGGGAACUCACCGGGUUCACCCUGAACAGUGCCUGUGUUUUGGCUUCCUCCUCUACCUCUCCUCCACCUCCUCCUUCUCAUCAUCUCCCCUCUUCUUCUCCCUCCUCCUCUAUCUCAUCACCAUCUUCCAGCCUUUCAUCCAAUUCUCCUCUAUGCCCUGGAGAAAUUCUGGAAACUCCAGUUGCCAAAAAUGGUGGUCGGUGUUUGUUAGGAGAGGCAGAAAGUGGGGAACCAGGAGUGAUGACGUCAUCUGUUGCUAAGGAAACCAGUGAUAUGACGUCAUCAAGGAAUGCUGUUGCCAUGGAAACUAAUGAUAUGUCGUCAUCAAGGGAUGUUGUUACUAUGGAAACUAAUGAUAUGACGUCAUCCAGGAAUGUGGUGGCUAUGGAAAUGAAAGAAAUGACGUCAUCAAGGGAUGUGGUUGCUAUGGAAACUAAUGAUAUGACGUCAUCAAGGAAUGUUUGUUGCUAUGGAAACCAAGGAUAUGAUGUCAUCGAGUACUGAGAAUGGUCAAGAUCCUAGCAAAUACCCAAUUGGUUUGGAUUCAGGUGGAGGUGGAAAAGUUUGUGACCGAUUAGCAACAACUUCCCAAUCAGUAGCUGGAGAUGAAGAUUCAUCAGAAGUAACAGAUAAUCCUAAAUCAUUAG